AUGUUUCCAAUGGCAAACAUUGAAACCGUUAUCAGGAGAGUCACCUCCGUAACAAACCACCUCCUUUCCACUCCAACACCACCACAACCUCAACUCAUUUCCUUGUGCCACGCUUCUAGUUCCACGAAUAGCGAUAGCUACCAACGAGUUCAUGGAAAUGUUCCCUCCAACGACGUUGUUUGGGAGGUUGUUGCUUCUGAUGAUGAAGGAAAGCAUUUCACUGACAUUGUCUAUGAGAAAUCCGUUGGUGAAGGAAUAGCAAAGAUUAGUAUUAAUAGGCCAGAGAGAAGAAAUGCAUUUCGACCUCACACGGUUAAGGAGCUUAUUCGUGCUUUCAAUGAUGCUAGAGAUGAUCCUUCUGUUGGUGUCAUCAUUCUCACUGGAAAGGGAACAGAUGCAUUUUGUAGUGGUGGUGACCAAGCCUUGAGGACUGAAGAUGGUUAUUCUGAUUACGAAAAUAUCGGCCGCCUUAAUGUGUUAGACUUGCAGGUGCAGAUUCGCCGCCUACCGAAACCAGUGAUUGCAAUGGUUGCAGGGUAUGCUGUUGGAGGAGGACACGUAUUGCACAUGGUUUGUGAUCUAACCAUUGCAGCAGAUAACGCUGUCUUCGGCCAAACGGGUCCUAAGGUUGGGAGUUUUGAUGCGGGUUACGGAAGUUCUAUCAUGUCGCGUUUGGUAGGUCCAAAAAAAGCACGCGAAAUGUGGUUUCUCGCAAGGUUUUAUUCUGCUGUUGAAGCAGAGAAAAUGGGCCUUAUCAACACUGUUGUACCACUAGAGAAUUUAGAGAAAGAAACAAUCAAAUGGUGUAGGGAGAUACUCAGAAACAGCCCGACUGCAAUUCGGGUUCUUAAGGCGGCUAUUAAUGCAGUGGAUGACGGGCACGCCGGACUUCAGGAAAUGGGUGGAAAUUCAACAUUGAUCUUUUAUGGCACUGAAGAAGCAAAAGAAGGAAAAACUGCGUAUAUGGAACGUAGACGUCCGGAUUUUUCGAAGUUUAAUCGAAGACCAUAA